GCCGUCGCCAUCCUCUACUCCAUGACAGUUACUUGCUGUUAGCAAGAUUCUCUGAGGGAGCACUGGCCGGCUGUGUGCGCCCCCCAUGGAACCUCACCAGCAGAUCUCUCCCCUCUCUCCCCCUCCCACGCAGAGGAGAGAUCUCUCUCCCGCUCCCUCUUCAGACCUUGGACCAGCAGGUGCCAGCCAGCAGCCAGAAGCCUGCAUCUGGCUCUCAGAGCCUGAACAGUGGGCGAGCGCCCUUCGACAGCAGCUGAAUGCACAACUCCUCUUGGCCACAGAGAAGAGGCCAGACUUGUCUUCUGAAGGCGCAUUGUCUCAUACCCGUGAGUCUCUGCACUCCCAAAGUAGCCAGGAUAAACUGGCGCCACCCUGGGCCAGUCGGAGAAGACAGAGGCAGUUCCUGAGAACAGUGAGUCAGUUAGAGCAACCUACAGUGCUGGACCUCCUGGUAACUGAACUCCAGACUCUGAUCUCAGCCGUGCUACAGGAUCGCAGUCCUGAAGCAUGGCAUUACCUCCAUGCCGUGCUGGGUUUGCUCCCUCCAUAUCGGACACUGCUAACCAACCGCCUGGAUUUGCUGCCCUUCCUGGAGCAGCUAUACCUCUGGGCUCCGGGGGUCCAAGCCAAGUUCCAUCUGGACAUGCUGAAGGCCAUGUACCAGGCCUUUCCCCCAGACACCACUUUGCUAGAUUGUACCUCCCACGUUGAUUGCUCAUUGCAGAGAAGGAAAAGAAUCUUUCCUGGGCUCCAACGCCCAGCCUGCCCUUUCGUGUAUGCCAGGUCGGGAGGAGAGCAAGAAAAGGAAUUGGCUACGUGGCUGCAACCUCUGACUCUGCCUGAACUACAGCAUUACUUAGGUAUCGUUGGACCUCAGGUAGCUGUGGAAGAGAGCUGGUGGCUGAAUGGGCUUGGCCUCCUGCCGUUGGCCCUGGCAACAGACAUCCCCAUACAGUAUGAAAAAAGUGACACUGAUUCUGCAGCACAAAAGCCUACUAGAGUAAGAGACACGGAAUUUCUGCUUGACUCGGAAACUUGGCGGGAGAAGAAAAAGAGAAGGGUUGGCUUUGUGCCUCAGUUUUCCCUCUUAGGUAACCAGAUGUUGGCUGUUCUGAGAACAGAGAAAUACCUGAAGAAGAUCCACUUCCUUUACCUCAAUGUGGCUCCCAGCCGGUACUUUAGGCCCUACAACCUGGUGGUGGUGCCACCAAAGAAGGUGAAUCCUGAGCACUACAUCUUCUCUCCAUUCGGGGUCCUGCAUGUCCAUCCUGUGGAGGGCAAUGAGACAAUGACUCUGGGGACCUGGCACCGCCAUUCUGUCCUCUGGCAGCAACUCCAGUUCAUCCCUUUCUUCAAACAUUGCCUCUUACGCAAGGCCUUUGCUUGCUGGAAGAGGAAUGUGAAGUUGCUGAUGAUGGAUCGGUGCCGCAUUUUCCUAGAGAAAAAUCUGCUCACGGCUGUGCCCCACUUUGGAGUCGCACUCCUUCAUAUCAACAGACUUCUGCAGGAGAUGUAUUCUGUAUCCUGGCUUCCCAAAGAUCCACAGUGGAGCUAUGAGCUGCUAGAUCUGAAGCAGGCUCUAUUUAAGGAGACUCACAAGGCUCUUCAUUUUCUCCACCGAUGCCUAUACCUCUGCACAUCCAUUCUUCAACUGAUUCAUGAGGAUACCUAUAAAAUGCACCAGGGCCUGCAAGAGCGAGUGCGAAACAGCAAGAGAAUCAGGAAAGGCCAGGGCUCCGUAUACCUUCAGAGGGUACAAAACCAACAGCUGGAGCAUAAGCUAAAACAGGCAGAUACCUGGUUGCUGCAUCUGGGGCGACUGGCCCGCCUUGUGGACUACAUGAUUUGUCAGAACCUUGUGUCGACCAUACAGAAAGAGAUCACCGCUUUUGUGGCCAACAUCCUACAGGCCCAAAGACGGAAUCCCUUCCUUUCAACACGUCUGGUCUUUGAUAGUUUUGAUCAGCUCUCUCAUGAUCCUCGUAUUGAAAACAUAACCAGAAUUAUAAACGGGGGCCUAGGGUUUCUCAAAGCCUCUGUUCUGAGGGUACGCUGGGCUAGGCAGAGGACUGGCUGUAGGGAUUCCUCUGCUCUGUCAUCAGAAACUCUCAGCCUGUUCUGGAGCCUCACUGUUUUCCGUUUCUUUUUUCCCCCUCUAUCUUGACACGAAGAUGCUGCAAUCUGUAAACCUGAACACUCCCUGGAAUUUUGAA